UUACCCCAACACCACACAUGACACAAAGGGCAAAUGCUAGUCUUCUGCUCCAUUUACAAUGUAUAAUAAAUUAGUUGUGUGAUUACAGGGCUGCCACUGUAGAGAAUUUAAUGUAGAGUAUAAUAGAAAUAGUCCACAAUCACAACUAGAGGUACUACAUUAACAUGUCAGUAGAUGGCAUCAUUCUCAUCAUUCUGUCAAUGAGCAGAACAAGUCUACUGGCUGUGCAAAAACAGUCUGAGGAGAUGGGACUCCUGAAAACCCCCUCCUCACUCAGUUUAGCUUAACAAAAGAUAAGACACUGUCAUUUUAUGACAAAGCCACUAUCAUGUACCAAAGAGCAAUUGUAAAUCUAAAGGCAGCAUUUGUUGACUUGGACAAUGCAGUCAGCUGAUACAACUAUCUUGGAGAUGAUUACACAAAAUCAGGGAUGUCCAUCUUGAACAACUACUGCUAUUGUGUGUGUUAGGGUGUGCAGUGCCUGUUCCGUCAAACAUGUUCUGUGUGUGUGGAGCAACAACUCGACAAAUCAAUGAAAACCUGGCGACUUAUAUUUGGGUUUCGAACAUUUAUUUAGAUGUUCAUGUAUUAUUUUGUGUGUGCUAAUGAUUCCAGUGGAUUUCCGCAAUAGCCUUCAUUUACGAUGUGGUAUUCAUCAUAUGCAGUACCAUGGGCCAAUAUGUCUCAUUCACAAUGGACAGCCUGUGCAUCCCCAUCCUCCCUCCCCUUUUCCCCCUCUCUUGUAUCACUGCCCCUCCUAUUCCAUUUCCUGUGUCCCGUGCUGUUGUCAUGACCACCGUUGCCAAGGAGAGGUCACACUCGCACGAGAAAGGGAACUCGAACCGCAGAUCUUGUUACCAUACUAUUGAAUUAAUCAGCACACCAAGGUUCAAUGAGAUGUGGUGAGCGAGGAGAUCAGAAACGAACAGCUGAUAAGCAAAAUAAAUCAUUUGUUCUCCGUCAGUCACACUGUUAACAAUGUAAAUCCAUUGAUAUAAUCCACAAGAUGGGAUAUCAGCCCUUGAUAUGGAAGACCAGUGCUUUGUGACCAUAGACAUUGAAUCAAUCUCUCUUGAAUGAGAAGAAACAGACGAUCUCAAUGGAAAAAUGACACUCGCUGCACUUAAUUUUUUGUGAGUAAAUUUAAGGAGACUUGUUUAGGCAACACCACUUUUCUCCAUCCCUUAGAUGGAGAGUGAAUGCUUACACCUGACCUGUAUUUCUCACGUGGGGGUUUCUGCUUUGUAGUCUGAUUCUUUCUGCUCGCAAACAGUCACUCCACCUAGCUGCCUUUAUUUGUAUUGUUUUGGCCAUUUCUCCCUUUCACUGCAGCACCCCCAGACAAAAAGCAGAGUUGUAAAAGCUCAUUUAGCCAUGUAGCGCAAAGCAGAGCAUUUAAGCCCCAUUGUAGAGGCCCCCUUGAUUAUCUUUGUAUUAAUUGAUCCGCCUACAGACACCCCCCUCUCCCUCCCCCUGUACUGUCGAGUUCCCCUUCUCUUUCCAGACACUGUGUUGCUCUCACAGGUUGACGGUAAAACUGAGGUUGUUCUGAAGAUGGGAGGGGCGGACGUACUAUUCCACUUACCUGGCAGUUUGACUAAGUGCUCUGGCCUGCUAUCUAUACCCUAACACCCAGAUUGGACUGACUCAUUUGGGUUUGCGUGCGUGGGGGGGGGUGAAGGGCAGCAAGCUGAACCUGCGUCGAGUCUGAAGUGGCUCGGCAGGCUCUGAGCCCUUUGUGAGCAUUGUGACGAAGACACUUCAACAGGCGCCAGCGACAGAUGCCUCUUCACUCUCCAAGGCUGUGUUCUUUAAGACACCAUCAUAACACAUUUUAAGCUUUAGCGGUGAAACAACUUUGGCAUCAACCAUCAAGUUUUGGUUCAUUUGGAGGCUAAUUUAGGAUGAACUUGGACAAAAGGACAUAAAUGGACAAAGGCCUAUUUGUGUUUUAUCAAGACAUCGGUUCAUGUUUUGUUUAUCUUCUGUUGACCUUUUUGCUCAUAGAGGACUGUAAUCAGUUUUUUUUUUGCUCCCAGCGAAUCGAGUAUCAAUUUGAUCAGCCUGACGUAUCGAGGUAAGGCUACACCUAGAUCAGCUCAGCACUUGGGUUCGUGGGAAGUUAGAGGGCCAGAGCUGCUGACAGAAGUGGAUGACAUCAAUUAUACCCUAGCCACAAACCCACUAGGCCUGAUGGUGCCGUUUCUGAAGCUCGAUCAAUCAAACAUAGGUGAGCUGCCACUAGCGGCUGCACAGCUAUUGACUCUUCAAUAAUUCAUCAGUUUGUAAGAGGGGGAAAGUAAGAGAGCUAGGAGUGACGGAUGGUGGUGGAGGAAGAGAAGACUAUCACCGGGGAGGAAAAAGUAGAAAAACGCUGAGUUGAAGACAUCCGACUAGAUGUUGGAAAGAAACACAGAGACAUAAGAAGCUUGAGAAGGGAAGGUAGUUUAAGACAGGACAGUGAGUGACUCAAAUUCAGGAUUGUGAAAGGCCCAGACAGAGAAAGCAGGUGGAGCAAAGGAGUGGGCCUUGAAGUGAGAAAGAGGACAUAGACAAGUGUUUUAAAGGUCAGUUUCAGGUGGUCAGAAGACAUCGAGAGCAGCCAUCAUGGUCAACACAGGCAUGCAGCUGAUCAGCUUCACCUGCGCGGUGACAGGUUGGGUCAUGGCCAUCGCUGUGACGGCCUUGCCUCAGUGGAAGGUGUCAGCCUUCAUCGGCAGCAACAUCCUCACCUCCGAGAUCAAGUGGGAGGGCAUCUGGAUGAGCUGCAUCUACCAGACCACGGGCCACAUGCAGUGCAAGACCUAUGACUCCAUGCUGGCUCUGCCCCCGGAUCUCCAGGCAGCACGUGCCCUCAUGUGUGUGGCCAUCUUCCUGGGCUGGUUGUCCUGCACCGUGUCCUGCUGCGGCAUGAAGUGCACCACAUGCGCUGGCGACGACCGUCGCGCCAAGGCGGGCAUCGCCCUCUCCGGCGGCGUGCUAUUCAUCCUGACGGGCCUGUGCGUGCUGGUGCCCGUCUCCUGGACCGCCAACACAGUGGUCCAGGACUUCUACAACCCCAACGUGCCUGUCAUGUACAAGCGAGAGCUUGGCCAGGCGAUCUACCUGGGUUGGGCAUCUGCAGUUAUUCUGAUAAUCAGCGGGGCCGUGCUGAGCAGCACCUGCCCCCAUAUCGAGAGGGGAGGAGGGGAGUACCGCCGGGGAUACAUGGGCCGGAGCUUUCCUAACUUGCGCCCCUCCCCCCUCGCACCUGAUCCUCCGAAACCUAUCACCUCUAACAGCGUGCCCCUGAAAGAAUAUGUAUAGUCAGAGAAAAUGUGUGAAUAUAAUUGCAUGAAUUGGAGU